AUGGCGGACCGACAAGCAGUACAGCAAAAUAUCAAUAACCUGCUAUCGAAGCUGGACGAUGCCGAUCCAGAUAUGAGAUACAUGUCUUUGAAUGACUUAUAUGGAGUUCUCAGCGGUCCUAACACCAACUUCCUGCCACAUGAUCAAUACCUAUCGACCAAACUCGCCGAAGGCCUACUAAAGGCUCUGGAUGACCAGCAUGGUGACGUCCAGAAUCAAGCCUUAAAAUGCCUCGGUCCUCUUGUUGUCCGAUUGCCUCUCGACAGCCUUCGAUUGCUCCUAGAGAAACUGUCAAACCUCACUACUUCCCAGACGAUCGACACAUCGGUCCCAAAUACCGCUUUACGAGUCAUAGUCACAGCUCUCCCACGGCCUCAGCGUGGCCAAGUACCGGAAUCCGAUGUCAACAUGGCGUACUCUGCUGUUUCAACCGUUCUGAUCCCACGCCUGAUCGGUCCCGGCCCCUCGACCUCGCAACGGAGAGGCUCAGUCACAAAAGGAAUGCUGGAUAAAGAUCCCGCGAAAGGUUUUAGCAGUGAUGCUAUUGAUGUUGUGGUCCAAGUGGCCUCGUGUUUUGGCACACUUUUGAAAGAAGAGGAGUUGACGGCGCUCGAAAAGGCAGUAAUGUCCAUUAUUGAUAACGAUACAGCUGGUACUGUGGUCACGAAACGGGCAUUGGCUGCUAUCUCUGCCCUGGUUCUUCACUUCUCGGACAGUCAGCUCGCCACGUUCGUCUCCGAACUUGUAGAGCGGUUCAAAUCUCCCCAGCUUAGCACCGUUCAUCGUCGACACUUGGUUGCUACCGUUGGAAGCUUAGCAAGAACGGUUCCGGGCAAACUCGGCCCUCAUCUUCCUAUCCUCGCGCCUUUCAUCUUUUCAGCCGUGGGUGAAGAGGGUUUAGAAGAGUUAAUACCACGCGCUCGACGCUCCUAG